AUGUCCUUCGAAGCCGGAAGCCUUCAGCGGUCUCUGAGGAUAACUCUCGACCACAGCCUGGACGUGGCGUCUUAUCGAAGGCGUUUUGAAGUGUCAUCCAAUGUCAGAGAUGUCUUAUUGAAGGUUCAGAGCUCCUCAGAAGAGGACGAAGUCAGUGAGAGCGUCAAGACCCUCUUUCGAGGACUCCGUGACCUGAAGAAGCUCAAGGCACUAUCCUUUGAAUCUGUGGAAGAUGAGAUUAGUCGACCAGGGUCCGUACCCCUGCAAACUAUUACAGUCGCCGUGACACAUGCCCGGAAUCUCAAGGAUCUCUUCAUUGGAAAUAUUGUCCUUCGAGGAUCUACGGAGCAAAACUUGUCAGCCUUUACCAGCGUCCUUAGGCGGCGGAGGUCCCUAGAAGAGUUCUCCCUUGUCGGGUGUCAGUUUCCUACAGCAACCAGGUCACCAUCACUGGAUCCUAUGGUGAGAGGCAUAGCAUAUUUGCCUCAAAUACGAGUGGUACAUCUUCAAGCUAGAAGCGUGAAUCAUUUGGGGACCUUAACCAGCCCGGCAGUGUCAGCUCUGUGCGUGUCCAAGACCCUAAAGGAGCUCAAGUUGUUCCAGUUUGACCUUACAGAUGACCAGUUCAUGACAGCUUCGAGAUCUUUGGAGUCCAACAACUCUCUAGAAGAACUCUCAUUGGGAGUAUGCAAUUUCACCAUUGUCACCACUGCCGCCUUGGCCAAGAUGCUGCGUCGCAAUUCCAUUCUCAGGUGGCUUGAGCUCGCCCCCAAGCAACAGAUAGAAGACAAACUCCUGGUCCAAAUAGCAGAAGCGGUGGAAGAGAACUCAUCAUUGCAGCACUUGGCCCUGGACGGGCGCUUUGGUCCUCUCUCACAGCCCGUCAAGGAUGCUUUCGAGAGAAUGCUGGAGGAGAACUAUCUGUUGAAAACGCUGCGGUUGUUCGAUACUCCGCAAACUCAGCCUGAAUUCCACAUGUACAUCAGGCUUAACCGGGUGGGGAGGAACCAUCUGUUGGACCCCAAGAGUAGUGCGAACCGAAGCGAUUGGUUGCAUGCUAUCCACAGUGUCAUUGACAGCCUUGACUGCAUCUAUUAUUGCAUAUCGGUGAACCCGUUUCUGUGCCACACUACUGAAGAGUUACAGACUCAAGUCAGGGUCGCUAGGAGGGGUCACAAACGGCGUCGACUGAACGAUGAUCCCGACAAGACGAACUCAGAGAACAGCUCUAGUGUCAACAGUUCCUUGUCAUCUUCUGAGAACUCGUCCAGUCCUUCAGGAAGUGAAGAGCGACAGACAUCCACGGAUACAUCUGAUAACCUCCCCCAGAAUGCUACCGGCGGUGGGCACCAAGUGACGUCCACAUCCGAGAGCAGUAAUACAAAAGACAAGGAGGAACGAAGCUCCAGCGACCAGCCUUCCUCCAAUCCUGCUGCUGAAACCAGCACUUCCGCUGGAUCUCGAAACGAUUCACCCGCUGAAGAUGCUAAUGGGACACAGCAACAUCAGCAAGCCCCUUCUCAGCAAGCUGUGGUUGAGCAGGGAGCAGUUGGAAGCCAGAAUGAUGGACACGCACAAACGCAAACAUUCAAUCCUGCCAUCUCGGUUGCAGCAGGGCAGCUUUUCCUCACAGCCGGGCUCCAGGCAAUGGCCCAAGCUACUCAGGCACAGCCACAACAGCCGGCAAACGUAAACCCUCACGAUCAAUUACUGGAGCAGCUACAGAAACUUCAAGGCAUGUUACAACAUCAACAGCCCCAGCAACAGCAAAAGCCGCCGCAACAACAGCAAAUGCAGCCGCAGCCAAUGGUCCAGGCUUCUCAGCCACAGACACAGUCGCAAUCAAUGGCCCAGGCUUCUCAGCCACAGACACAACAAACUAUGGUCCAGGCAUCUCAAGCGCAGUCACAGCCGCAACAGCUGCACCAGCAGAUUGUGAACGCCCCGGCCAAUGCGAGUGGAAAUCAAGCUAACCAGCUAAUGUCAUUGGCAUUUCCACUUCUAAUGUCGUCUUUUCUCCAGCAAAGUCAAGCAGGGCCUCAAGGAGCACAACCAGGUCAAGCUCCACCUCAACCUCAAGUUCAACAGCCUCAAGUGAUGCAGCAAAUGCAGCAAGUUUUUACCGCCGCUGGGUUUCCACAGUUUGCUGCUAACCUGCCCCAAGCCCAACAGAUGCAGCAGCAGUCAGGGCAACCGAUGCAACAGCAAGGACAGUUUGCUGCUAACCAGCCCCAAGCCCAACAGAUGCAGCAGCAGUCGGGGCAACCUAUGCAGCAGCAAGGACAGUUUGCUGCUAACCCGCCCCAAGCCCAACAGAUGCAACAGCAGUCGGGGCAACCGUUGCAGCAGCAAGGACAGUUUGCUGCUAACCAGCCCCAAGCCCAGCAAAUGCAACAGCAGUCGGGGCAACCGAUGCAACAGCAAGGACCCCAGCAGAUGCAAGGUUCCCAGCAAUUUCAGCUGCAGCAAGGGGUUGGAGGUCAAGAUUUACAGCAGCAACAGAGUCAGCCAUACGCUCAGGGUCAAGUGAGCGUUGCAAGUUCGGCAGCAGUGGCAAUGGGUCCUACCGCCGCCGGCCAAGUUGCAGGCGCCACUCAGAACUCUUUCCCUCUUUACAUGCCGAGGGACCAAGGCAGCUUAUCGAGCUAUCAAUGCUUCUUGCGGCAACAAAUUGAGCUAUUCGAGGCUGGUCCAGAGGAUGUCAAGUCGACGAUGCCUGGACGAAACAAAGCCAUUGUUUUGGGGCAAGUUGGAAUCAGAUGCAGGCACUGCGCCAUGCUUCCCUCCCGGUAUAGAGGCACCGGUGCGACCUACUAUCCAGCCAAGCUAGAUCGAUUGUACCAAGCAGCACAAAACAUGGCGCAAACUCACUUUGGAAAGCACUGUCGUCACAUCCCACAAGAAAUAAACAACGAGCUUGCUGUCUUGUUGCAGGGAUCCAAGUCAUCAGCCGGAGCAGGGAAAAAGUACUGGAGCGAUGGAGCUCGAAUGUUGGGUGUAUACGAACACGAAGCCGACGAAAUCUUGAGAUUGGACCGGUCGAGGGCAACUGCAUAG